CAGAGAGGCCGUCCCGGCGCUCGGCUCCGCCGUCGGUGCCGGUGCCCCGCGGGGACCCGCCGCCUCCCUCCGCCCCGGCCAGACCCCGCGUCCUCAUGGCCGGGCAGGAGUGGGACUGGUUCCAGCGCGAGGAGCUCAUCGGGCACAUCAGUGACAUCCGAGUGCAGAACCUCCAAGUGGAACGAGAAAAUGUACAGAAGAGAACCUUUACCAGAUGGAUAAACCUACAUUUGGGAAAGCACAAGCCUCCUUUGAAAGUGAAAGACUUGUUUAUUGAUAUACAAGAUGGCAAAAUCUUGAUGGCACUACUGGAAGUCUUAUCAGGACAAAAGCUGAUGCACGAAUACAAAUCUUCAACCCAUCGCAUUUUUCGUUUGAACAACAUUGCCAAAGCACUUAAGUUCUUGGAGGACAGUAAUGUAAAGCUUGUUAGCAUCGAUGCAGCAGAAAUAGCAGAUGGAAAUUCCUCUCUGGUACUUGGAUUAAUAUGGAAUAUAAUCUUGUUUUUUCAGAUUAAGGAGUUGACAGGUAACCUCAACAGGAAUUCUUCCUCCUCCAGCCUAUCCUCCGGGCCCAGCGGUCCGGAAUCAGACACAUCCUACCCCAGCACUCCUAGUGUGGAGAGAAACAUGUCUGUUACAGUGAAGGAUCAGCGGAAAGCCAUCAGAGCCCUUUUAAUCUGGGUUCAGAGGAAAACCAGAAAGUACGGUGUUGCAGUUCAGGACUUUGCCAGCAGUUGGAGGAGUGGCCUUGCUUUCUUAGCUGUCAUAAAAGCAAUAGACUCUACUUUGGUAGACAUGAAGCAAGCACUGGAGAAAUCAGCUCGAGAAAACCUGGAGGAUGCUUUCAGCAUUGCACAAAAUAAGCUGGGUGUUCCUCGGCUCCUAGAACCAGAAGAUAUCAUGGUGGAAUCUCCUGAUGAACAGUCAAUUGUGACAUAUGUGGCGCAGUUUCUGGAACACUUCCCGGAGCUGGAAGGGGAAGACUUUACAGAUCCUGAGAAGGAGCUUCCAAUUGAGUCCACGUAUGUACGCAUCAAAGACACACCUUCAGAAAAGGAAAGCAAAAUCUUGAUUUUAAGUGGAAGUGAAGAAAACUUGUAUACUGUUAAUCACGAAAGGAGACAUCCUGCUCCUCCAAAGGUUCAUAUUCAUGACACGCCUGAGAAAAUCCCAUCAGAAACCAUUUCUGAACAAUGCAAUGGGAAAUUGAGUAAAGUGUUAGGUGAUGCACAGGAAACAUCUGAAGAGGAGCCUCAGAGGCCUACCUCACUGAAAAUUAAAGGAUCUGUCAGUUUUGAAUCCAGUUCCUCUUGGGAGGUUCUAAGUGAUAAAUUCAUGCCAGGUGAAGAGGGCAUAUGUGAUGAUCCACUGAUACAGAAUGAUGACCGUUCUCCAGCUAUUUUGACAGAUCAGAAAAAUUCUGUUGACUCUUCUGAAGACUACUCUGAAGAAUUAACUAAAGAAACCUCUGCUGAAUAUGACAAUGAAACUAAGAGCCUUUCAGCCAAUACUUCUUCUUUGAGUCCAUUAUCCUGGACUUCAGGUAUACUUACAGAUGAAUCUGUAAAUAAAGUAGAAGAGGGCAAACCCCAAACUUCAAUUCUUUUACCGGAAGAUACCUCAAAACAAGAAGAUACACAUAAGUAUGUUCUUCAUCUUCUAAAUGAGGAAAUACUGAAACUUCCACAAAACGAACAUACAGAGCAAUCACCUGUCUUUGAGACAAUAGAAACCAACCAUUGUUCAUUGAAUGGUUCUAAUCUCAAAAGCCAGGAACUAUCUACACAGCAUGAAACAUCUGAUGACUCUCUCUCAGAUGUGCUUAAAAGUCCAGAGGAUGUGGACAGCUGUGAUGAAAUUGAGUCUUCAGUUGAAGUGCUACCCGAUUCUUCAAAAGUAUCUGUAAUACCCCAUAAUCUCUUUUAUUAUCCACAUUAUAAUGUUCCCAUAUCAGCAGUUUUGGAUGCUUACCUUGAGCCUUGUAUAGAGGGUUAUGCUGGUGGAAAUGACAAAGCUUCUUCUGAAACAGCAAUGGAUGUUUUACAUGAGAAGAGCUUACCAGAACAGAACUAUGAAGAAGGUGCUCCAGAGCCAGACUCAAGGAAUAAGCUAGCUGUCCCUCCAUCAGAAAUGGAUACUGAGAAUGGUGAGGAGGAAACAACAGAUAUUAAUAGUCACAUUAAUUCUUCCAAUGAAGAAGAAGAGCCAUUACUAGUAGAAGAGUUAGAAAUUGAAAAAGAUGGCAAAAAGCCCACCACCCAUCAAGAUUCCAUUAUUCCACAGCAUCCUGAGGCCAUAGUAGAACAUCUAGAGGAUUUAUCAAUAGCUAUAAAGACAUCAGAAAAAAGUAGUAAUAGGGAGGAAGAAGGGGAAAACAUGAUCAAAGCAGAAGACCUGCAGAUCUCAGAAGUUGCCACUAAUGCUCUGUCACAAGAUAAACUGGAAGAAAUUGCUGAUUAUCAGGAAUUUACCAGAACCAGUGACAGUGAUUCCAGCAUUUGUCUCCGAAAAAGAGCUCCUAAUAUUUCUGAAGAGGAAACCUAUUGUGUAAAUGAGAAGAAGAAGACAGAUGUGGGUGAAAAUCCAUUAAUGAUCAGGAACAGAAAGGACUCAGAAGCAAGUGAGACUCCUACACCAACUCAUGAGAUUACAGCUGUUGAGCAGCCAGAGCUCUUCCACUUCAUCAUUUUCUUCUGGGUGCUGGUCUACUGCCUUUUACUCCUUCCGCAGCUUCUUAGCAACAAAGUUUGAUUUCUGUGAGGAGUGGAAAAAUAAAGGACGGUGAAUUGAUUGCUUUCUGUAUCUGCAUAUGAAUAUGUUCCUUCAGGUGAAGCACAAACAGAAAUGUAGGACCUGCUAUUUGUGUUUUAUUAUCAGGUUGUCCUUAAUUCCUCUACUGCUGUGCUAUGACAGUGUCUAAGCACAUUUUAUAUUAUGAUAAUUGUGUAAAUAUAUAUAAAAAAUUACCUAAUUUAGUAGACGCAAUUUUGUACAUUUGUGCCUUGCUUUAUAAGAUGCUAAAUAAAACCAGAUAAUUAUCAGUAGAAAUAUGAACAAUUCAGAGCUCUAGUCUUCAAAAAUAAUUCUUCUGGCUUAAUUUACUUCCAUAGGAAUGUGGGGCCUGACAGCUAUGGAAGAGAGGUGGUGUUUACUUGCCCAUGAAUCCGGCCCACCUGCAAGGGCAAGGCUUGAAAUGCUUUUUCACUUUUUCCAUGGAAUACUUUGAAAGAGCUGGAGGCAGAGCAGAGCAGCAGGUAGUGGAACAUGCUGAUCCUAGAAAUUGAUUCAAUCCAGUGGAGGAACAAUAUCAGAUUGAAGGUUUAUUUGGAUAGAGGAGUUUGUUUUCUUACGAUAUAAAUUCAUUUUUAUCCUGCACCUUUUGGUGUUUAAUUCACAGGAAUAAAUAGGAUGUGGAGAAGUGUGAAGAACAUAUAUGCUAACUGAUUCUUAGGGAGGGAUCAUAGAGGAAAUUCUAGCCCAGAAAAUCUGUAUAGAAUGCUUGAAGAAAUACACUUUUUGUAUGUUACUGAUGGUGGCCAUCUUUGAAAAGGUGUUCAAGGAACUUUAAUAAUUUUAUCAGGAACAGAUACCAUGGUUCCGUGUUCUUUUUUUGAAAAAAAAGUGCCUCACUGCCUCUGAGGCUACAUCUGCUUGCUUUUCUCUGUGACCUUUACUUACCAGAUCAUGUGUAGAUUUCACUUUUCCUGGAGAUAUUAAAAAAAAUAACAGGUCACAUACUUUGCUGAGGCUACUGUUAAGCCACAAGUGCAUGAUAAAAGAAUUAGAAAUAUCCUUUAAGUGCCCAAAUCAGUAGAGAAAGAAAUGGUAAAUGUUAAACUAAACACAUAGAAAUGUUGUCAGCUGGUAUUGACUUUCUAGUGCAACUGAAGAUUCCUAUGGCUUGUCCGUAAACACAGUUGAACCACUUCUGCGUCUUGUAAUUUUUGUCCGUAUCAGUGAACAACUCAAGAUAUUUGAUUUAGGAUUUUUGCCAGAGGAAGUUUACCUGUGCAUUACAGGAGAAGUAUUCGGAUUCAAUUUAAUAGCAGUAACUUUUCUCCGUGUGACUUUUUGUGGAGUCACUAUUUUUCCUCAGCCUAUUUUUAGUUUCAUGGUAGGCUUCAUGAGACUAUGUUUUGUCACUGCUUCUACUUGAAAAUUUUUAAGGUUGACUGUAAUGUGCUUCAAAAAAUGAGAGAUUUCAUGAUUUACAUUAAGUGAAAGUUACAAUGUGUGGCUGUAAGUUUUGCUUUAGGAUAAGGAGUAUCGCUGCCCUGGCUUAGUUUUCAGCUGAACUAGUAGUACCUGGGAUCAGGACACAUCAGAAUAUAUAGCAAUUUUAUGCAGGUAUUUAAAACCUGUUUGUAGUCAGGUCAUCUGCUGAGGUAAUCCUAACUGCCCAUCACACUUCCUUGUUCUUUAUAAGCUUUUUGUUUCCCUGGGAUUUUUCUUCUGAGUUGCAGUUAGAAUUCAAUAGCAGCAGUGCAUGGCAGGAGAUUUUAAAAAUUGAAGAUAAAAAUCUGAACCUCUUUCAGUCAACAGAAAGCUGAAAUCUUUUCUAUUCUGUCCUGUCAGUAUUGACUAGAACCAGAUUCACCCCAUAGAACUUAAAAAUAAGAUCCUUUGUGCCUGGUGAGGAACAGGUCCAAGCUUCCCACCUUAAUUCAGUAUAAAACAACUUAAGUAAAAAAAAAUAGUCUUUCAUCUUGCUGAUGAAAAUGUUCACCAUUUUGAAUCACCUGAUUUUGUGAUGCAUGAACCUGUUUGUGCUUGUUAAUGAAGACAGUGAUGCUUUCUUCCAAAAGAAAACCUAUUUUAGAAUUUUUGAAGAUACUUUCUUGAAGUCGGCUAGAAUAUACCAUUGAAGGGCUGAUGCUUUUUCUCUGAAAGAAUAAAACUUAAAUGUAAGAGAUUUUAUAUCCUCAACCUGAAUACCAUAGAACACCAGACUGGGGCAUGACAGCUAUUUAAUAGCAGCAAGCAGCAAUGCACAUUAGUUUGAAGCGUUCAUAGCUCCUCAUUAUGUGCUACUUUUCAUAGGUUCCUUUAUUUUAUGACAACUUUUUCUGAAUCUUUGUAUCUUAUUCUCUAGUUCUUCUACGUUUCUUAGUCUUUAGCAGAGAUUGUCUGGAGUUGGAUUACCGUCUUCUCAUAGAAAUUUACAACUAUCAAAAUUAAUCAAAUAAAAUAAGCUCCCCUCUUGUCUUCUCUCCUUCCUCCCAAGAAGACUAAUCAGAAUGAGGAGGUCUCUGGAUGUCUCAUCUAAACUGACAUCCAUAAAGAAAGGAAAAUGAAUGGGAAUGCACUGAUGCUGGCAACAUCAUUACACAGUAUUUUCUUCCAAGAGGGUGAAACCCCAGGGUUUUCUUUCUUCCCUCCCCUUGAUGAACAGCACAAAAUCCAGUCCCUCAGUUGAAGUGCCCUAUUCUGAAAGCAUCGCUUGCUGUUAUCGCUUUGUGUCCUAUUCUGAGCUUGCAGUAGAAAAAAAUGAUUGUUAAGCAUUCACUAUGACAAAGCUUGUUUUAACUUGCUGGCUAGAGGACUGACUUGGGGUAGCAGAGGUUUUCAGUCUUGGUGAGCAAUCUGUCAUCUACCCAUUUUCCAACAGAUGUACGCACUGCCUGAGUAAGAAGUUUUUCCUGAAUUUUUGUACGGGUUUUUGAAAAUUGCUGUUUGAACUGACUGCAUUUGGUUAUUUUCAUUUAGCAGCAUAAUUCAGAUAUGCAAGGGUACUGAUCUGUUAAGACUGUUCUAAAACCCAUUGUUGUUGAGCAGUUGUGUAGGUAGCACAGUAUUGUGAUGUGUAAGUAAGUGUCAGGAAACGCUUGAGGAUUACCGGAUAAAGGAUGUUCCGUGUGCAUGGAAGUACCAUUAAAGACGAAGACACAACUAUAAUAGGAUGGUUCAGUUUCAAUAUAGUCAUGUAACUUAACUGCAAAGUGUUUCACUGUGAUUUUUUAGAAAAUGCAAGGAAAGAUAUGCUAUUAAAGACAGAAAUCCACUGAACUUUUACAAGGAAGAUAUCUUAGACUUGAAGAAACGAGUUAAACAGUCACAUAAUCUACAAACUGAAUUUAAUAUAACCUUUGCCAAACUGUAGGAAAUGAUCAGUGCAAAGAUAGGGCAAGCACAGGUUAGAGUAAAAAAAUGACAAUCACUUUUCAACGCCAUGGAUAUUUUUGACGGAUUGAGCUCUAAAAUGUUUUUUUAUUGAGUUUCUAGGUUGUAAUGAAUGUGUCUACAGAAUUUUAUGCAAAGCUUGAGAGUUCAGCUGUUUUAAAAUGUUUUUUAUAUAGUAGUGAUUAUUUUAUCUAUAUAUUUAAUAGAAUUGUAAAACCAUUUUAAGACUACCUAUAAAAUUCUAUGUAUGUGAUAUGAUUAUUUAUUAUGACUAAUGAGAAUGAACGUUAAGCUAUGCAUCAGUUGUGUCAUCCAUUUUAAAACUGGAAACUGCAAACAGGAGAGGAGUUUUCAAUGAACAGUGGACUUGAAAAACAUGGGAAAUGAUUGAAUUCAAUUGUGUGAUUCUUAAAGUUGCAUAGCAAUAUGUCAUGUUAUGAUGUUAAACUUUCAGCUACAGUUGCAAAAUAUACUGAGUGAUUAAGCCACUUUCUUCCAUUAAAACUUCCUGAGGCUGAAAUUACUACAUGUUGAUAUUUGGUGUCUAAACACACUUAAAUCCUCUACAUCUUCUGGAGACUCAAUUUACUCCAGCUCAGUAUGACUGUCACUCUUUAUCCAAGUAGUGCUCCAUUGAGUUUAUGGAGAUACCAUGCAAUACCUAGUGGGUUUUUUUAGGGUUUUCUGCACCCAUCCCCACAGAAUCAGAGCUUUAGAUUAAUUUGGCCAGUGUAUGUGGUACUAUAUUAAGCCAUCUAACAAGAUAAUAGUUAUAAUACUGCAUUAUCAUUUACCCUAGCUUUAAGUACUUGGAGUCCCUUCUUGACAAGUGCAAACUUGAAUGCAUCUGGUGAUGUGUUCAGUUCCUCUACUUCUAUGGAAGUCAAUGCAACACAUCUGUGUGCUAAGCACACUCUACAGGAUCUGGCUCUAAGGGGACUUAAAUCAACAUGAAUCACACAGGCCAGGAAGCAUCUGAAGCCUACGCAUUGCCCUUAAGGCUGGAUCCCCUCAGCGGGGAAUGUACACAAAGCCAAUGUAGGCAAACAGUGCCACUGACUUCAGUUAACCCCACUGUAUGCAUAAUAUUUGUUUGCCUAAAUUCUACAGAUCAAUCUUUUCUUUCUUUUAGGAAGUUAGCAUCUACUUCCAUUUUUGUUUAAGAGCACAGCAGCGAGGAACAAGUGUCUGUAAGACAAGGGUGGUGUUACAGGCUUGAAUGUCGCCAUGAAAGUCCCCAAACUGCUACAGCUGAAAGCUCUUACCCUGUCAAUAGAUUGCCUGCUAUUUUCCAUUGAGCUAAUAGCUAGUAGAUCUCAAUGGAGGUUAAAAAAAAAAAAAAAAUCCUAAGUUUUUUUAUUUCCACAUUGUGCAGUUUUUUUGUCUGGCAGAUAACAUAAAAAUCUUCCCCUUGGAGUUCCAGGUCUGUAUCUAAGUAGAACUUGUAGGAUGGCUUGUUCCCACCCACACUGCCCCAAGAUUGUAAAGGUAUUCAUGCAGGAGGAUGGGAGGUAUACACAAAUUAAAUGAUGUGGAAAAGUCAUGUUCUCAAUGGGAUAGCUUGUUUACUCUGUCCAUUGCUUGACACAACUCUAGAGCUCACCAAGGGUGAAAAAUUAAUUCUCUUAUUCUCAAGUGCCAUGUCCAUUUCAGGGUUAUCUUAAGUGAAAUUGUGGAACAUCAAAGUAUUUUUUUCCUCCUCUGAAUGUGAAAUGUGGAAAAUGUCCUUCCACCUCAGUGGCACUUCUAAUGGCUCCUUUCCAGGCAGUCACUACUAGAAAACAAGAACUGUGUUAUUUUCUUACCAUGAGGGGAAUGUCUAAGUUUAUGUCUCUGGAACAUGAAAUUUGCCCUAGGGUGAUUAAUAUACUUCUUCCUUCAUGAAAAGUUUAGAAGGGGCAAUGAAAAUAAUUUUAUCUUGUUGAGAAAUGCUAAAACAUACCAUUCCUAGAAAGGCUACAUCUUGGCCUUCCUUGCUGUGUUCAGGUCAGGUAAUACUUUAUUUCCAAAGUAGUUUCACUACUUUCACUAGGCCUUCCUGGAAUCUUUGAUUCACAGAAUGGAUUUGCUCUGUGUCCAAGGACCAAUUUGUAUGGGGCAGGGGGGCGGGAGUGGCCGAUGGGUCCUGAUCCACGGCCAUUUUUACCCUAGAACAGGUAAUCAUCAUUGUUCAGUUAGAAAUGACUGGUCUGAUUUAAAUCAAGUAGCUUUCUAUUUAUGUGCUGCUCAUUUUUUGAAAGAAAGAAUGCAGUCAUUUUUUAAUGCCAAAUAAUUUAUGCAAGUCAAAUAAGUCUAUUUUUAUUGUAAUACAGAAAUUCAACUUCUGCUUUUGUCUUGAACUAAACAUAUUCUAGUAGGCAUACCACUCUGUGCUAUUGUAUUCUGCUGUGUAAAAAGCUGAAGAAAAUGUUUUAUCCUUCCUGUUAGUUCUCCAGUUUAAAAUGUAAUCUGUAAAGUGCUAGAUUGCUAAAGAGAUAAUGAGGAACUUUUAUCCUAAAGAAAUCAUUUGUAAGUAAGGAAUGUAAUAUUUAAAAUACAUGUUUCUCUUUGGCAAAUGGUGAGGAAUGAUGUUUAUUUAAAUGAGAACAAAUGCUGGGAGCAUUCGAGUGGUAUCAAAAGAUAUACUGAAGGAGAGGCAUUUUUCUGUACUUUCAAAUACAUUUCUUCUGAAUGCUAUCAAUCAGUGGUAUGUAUUGAAUAUUUGCACUUGCUGCUCAAAGCUAAUUUUUGUGAGAAAGAAAUAUAUUCUUCUGUAUAGUUGGUACACUAGAAAAAAUGUUUUUAGCAACUGUUACACUGUAAUAAGAAUAGUAUUUACUAGUGACUAGUUCCACUUUAUUUUAUAAAAUCUCUAAUUUUGAAAUAAAUGGACAAGCUUCCUGUAUAUAAUCUGUGAGUUUGGCCCUUUCCUCCCAAGAAAAUAUCUUCAAUCAUUUCAGGAGAGUUCACCAUUUUGUUCUUAUUCUAUUUAUUUAUUCAUUUAUAUUGUAUAUAUUAUAUAUAUUUUUACAUAUUAUUUUUUCAUUUUCAUGACCAUAAAUGAUAUUCACUUUUUAGCAGAGAAGAGCUCUGUAAGCAUAGCAAAUUCAUAGUUUGCGUUGUUUCCCUGCCUGCUCAAAAAGUGACAUUUAAUUUUCAAGAACCUAAACGUUUAUUCCAGUCAACAAACAGAAUGAAUUUUAAGGUUUUAUAAAGGUGAAGAUUUAUUAAUUUAUUAAUGCGCAGAAAUUGGCAUUAUAAAGACAAGCCAUGGGAAAGCUUACAAAACCAGUUGUGCUUAAUUAUUUACUGUUCUUACAAGGCAGUUUAUCUGGCCUGUUUCUAUGUAAAUGUUUAGACUAGUGGACUAGUAAAUUAGUCCAUGCAGCAGUACUGAUUCAUAUUUACCUUGUUCCUCCCCUUAUACCUUAAUUCCCUUGGCAGUAUGUGAGAAAAUAAAACUACGCUAGAGAUGCAAUACAGUUCAGUACAGCCCCAUGAUCUAUCUACUGAAAAACAUAUCUAAACUGGAAACACAGAGAAAGAAAAUAGUACAUGGGGAAUAGAGUAGGUGUGCUUCUUCUCUACUUAAAAUUUCAUGGUUAUCAUGUUUUAGGAAUUAUAAAUGUUCCUCUGUUUCUUCUACAAAAUUAAAUGUGUUUGUCACCAUCUCUGCCAUAGCUGGUACCUAUCUAUCAGACUACCCUCCCCGAGACCUAAUGCUUGUAGGUAGUAAAAGAGAAUUCAUAAUGCUGUUGACAACUUGGGAUAUUUGAAAAGUCAGUCUUGAGCAUUAAAGUAUCUAGAUACAAUUUGAGACCAGUAGCUCUUAUUGGUGUCAUGAAUAAUGCUUAAAUGGAGAAUAAAAACUUAGUGAUUUUUUUGUUUUGUUAUUUUUUUGCAACUUGACACUAAUUAGUAGAUCUGAAAGUGGACUGGGGUGUGAAGUCCAAAUAUGCAUAAGUCAUCACAGAACAUGUGAGUAGAUUAAGUUUUUACAAGAGUAUGGGAUCCAGACUAAUUCAAAUUCAAG